CCGCACGACGCUCUCCGCCCUCUCUCUGGAAAGCGGGGGGGGGGGGGGCUCGGCAAGGACAGGCGGGGCUCAGCUGCUCUCGGCCCCCCCUCUCCCUCGGAGAAGAUAGCUCCUCCCGCAAAGCUCGGAGGGAGGCGAGCGCCGUGAGGGGGCAACACCAUUUCUUUCCCGGGAGGGGGGAGACGAGCGAAGGGGAAAAGAAGUCAGCGCGCGGGGGUGACGAGGGUGGCUCUAACGGCUCUCCCCACGAAGCGGAAGGGCUUUCCAUGAGGGCUCGCGGCCCACAGGGGGGCAGAUGACUGACAGCUCCGUGGUGCGGGUGGCCGGGGAGUGCCCGCCCCCUCUAUGCGCGCGCGCCCUCUCUCUCUCCCGGAUUGGCGGUUGCGGGGGUCCCCCCUCGCCGGCGUGCGAAGAAGAAAAAGCGCGGGCUUGGGCGCCUCUCCCCUCCCCCUUUUCAUUUCCCUCUCGUCUCCGCGCGCCUCACAACUGCCUCCUCUCCGUGUUUCCCUCCUUCGGCCUCGCUUUUACCCGCCCUGCGCGUCAUGCCUGCUUCUGAAGCGGACGCCGCCGCCGCCGCCUCGUCCCCCAGCAAGAGGAGGUUCGCGGCCUCCCGGCCCGAGGAGCCCAGCCAGAGCCUCCGCUUCGCCAAGCUCUCCGCCCACGCGGUGGCUCCUUCCCGGGGCUCCUCCCGGGCUGCGGGCUACGACUUACACAGUGCCUAUGACUGUGAGAUCCCCUCUUUGGGAAAGGCUGUAGUGAAAACGGAUAUUCAGAUUGCACUUCCUGCUGGAUGCUAUGGUCGAGUAGCUCCAAGAUCUGGAUUAGCUGCAAACCAUUUCAUAGAUGUUGGUGCUGGGGUUAUUGAUGAGGAUUACAGAGGAAAUGUUGGUGUUGUACUUUUUAACUUUGGAAAGGAACCUUUUAAAGUUAAAAGGGGGGACAGAAUUGCCCAGCUGAUCUGUGAGCGCAUCUACUAUCCUGAACUUGAAGAAGUCCAGGCUUUGGAUGAUACAGAACGUGGCUCAGGAGGCUUUGGAUCUACUGGCCAUAACUGAGGAGAACUGUUACAUAAGUACAUGGCCAUAUUUUAUUGUCUUUUGUAUAAAGCAUUUUUAAAUAAAUAAACCUUUUUUGCAA